UUGACAAAACUUCCGCUUGUGAAUUAUGAUCACUGGAGACGAAUUAUUCGAAAGAAAGAAUUGAAAAGUUCUCAGAUGUUAGGUGCUCGAUACUCCCUGUUCAAAUGUCGUGCAUAGAAUACAAUAACUUACUGUUUGAGAUAAGCCAGAGGCUAAAUCAGCGGAAUGUGGGCGAGCAGCUACUCGAUCAACUACUCUUCAUGUGCCGAGGGAAAGUGGCGUCUGGGACUGAAGACAACAUCAGCGAUGUUCUUUCGUUAUUAGGAGAUCUGGAAAGCCAGAACAAUUUAAACAUUGAUCAACUGGAUGUAUUGAAGGAGCUUUUGAAAGGUGUGGGAGAGUGGUCUCUGUUUCAGAAAGUUCAAAAGUUCGAGAUCAAAAGGAAAGAUUAUAACUGCUUACUUGCUCAGGUAAACCUUGGACUAGACGAACUCAAUGAUUUAGAACGGCUUAUUUCAAUGUGCAGAGGGAAGACUUCAGUGGAAACUGAAGGCAAUAUACACGAUGUUCGCACUUUAUUAAAAGAACUGGAAAGGCAGGGCCAUUUAGGAGUUGGUCGUCUCGAUUUCUUAAAAGAGAUUUUGACUGCAACUGAGAAAGACGACCUCCUUCGGCUAGUACAGGAUUUUGAGAGGCGACGACAUGAGGAGGAUGAAUUUGAAAGAAGAAAAGCACAAACAGCUGACAUUGUUGCAUCGGCAAAAGCUGUUGGUGGAAAGAUAAUAGGAGUCCUGAAUAUGAAGACGAUGUGCAGGGUGGCAGCUGCGGGCAUAACGCUACUCACUGUCCGUGAGAUCUUAAGUCGCUGGAACACGUAUGAUGAGUUGGUGAGAUGCUUUAAUGACUGUGUGCUGCCUGCUGGUACACAACUUGUUGAAGUUAGUCAAGGAUGUGUGUGCUUCACGGUUAAGGCAGACAGUUUGACAGGGCUGACUACUUUGUGGAAUAUGUACGAGGAUGGAACUCUUAAGGCACGCUUGCGUGACUUCUUUGUGACUGAUGAAAUGGAAAAAACCGCUGGUGGUGGAGGGAAUGUGGAGGUCACUCUGACUAUUGAAGAAGAAGAAUACGAGAAAGCUUGCACUGAGUUCAUAAAUAAAACUGAAGGUGACGAGAAGCGUCCUCAAGGACGCAAUCGAAGACAUUCGGAUUCAGCACUAUCUGUCAUACCAAGGGAAGGCGAAUUGUCGCUGAUAAAACUGAAACAACUGGAAAAUAAAUUCAACAUUUUGCAAGAAAGACUGGACGUUUUAGAGAAAGAAGUCGCUAAGCCUCCGCUAGAGUUUUUGGAGGACAGAAGCACUUGGAAGGACAAAAUGACAUUGUGGGAUCAAGAGCAAGGUGAGGGCGAGGAGUGGCGUGAAACCGAGGAUCUGGCUGCUACAAGUGACAGUGGACUGGGAUCACACGGGGCGCCAUCUGUUAUUGGAGAGGAAGGAAUCUGUGAACCUCCAAGAGUGGCCACUGCUAACACUGCUGCUUCUACUGUGUCUCAGUCCACUGCGACUGCCGUUGCUGUUGGUGAUGCUGCGGCUGCUGUGGAAUUUAAACAUGCAGAAAUACCAAUAGGGCUUCAUUCCAGCUUGACCCCAAAAGCUCCACGUACUCUUACAAUACCCAUUACUGUAGCCGCUCUUGCUGAUGUGGAUGAUAGAGGAGAUGUGAAAAAAUUAAGAAGUAGGCUUGCUUCCAGCUUGUCGACUAGUGUUAAAGCUCGUCAAACGCAAGGGGUUGGUGGACCACAUACGCGUAAAAGACCAGGAUAUGGUACUGUAGGCCACCCUUCAAUGUUUAGGUCAAGCUUCUUAGGCCUCAAUCUUCCAACUCAAGGGGUUGGUGGACAAGGUAUGCCUAAAAGACCAAGCUAUGGUACUGCGGGCCGCCCUAUAAGGUUAAGGGCAAACCUCUUCCGUCUCAAUAUUUCAUCACAACUAUCAGAUCUCUACCACUAUGAUGUGGAGAUUACCCCAAGCAAGUGUCCUCGAGCAGUGAAAAGAGACGUUGUGAAUGAAAUUAUAAGGAGGUACAAAGAUACAACAUUCCAAGGUCACCACCCUGCUUUUGAUGGCGAGAAGAAUUUGUAUAGCAGAAUCAAACUUCCUCCAGCAGAACUCACUGUUAAAUUACCUGGUGAGGAUGGUGGAAAAGACAGAGAAUUUAAGGUUAAAAUCCAGUUUGCAGCAUCAGUUAGUCUCCUUGAAUUAAAUAACUCUCUGAGUGGUAAACAAAAUGGCAAAGUGCCUCAAGAUGCAGUGCAGGCAUUAGAUAUUGUCAUGCGGGAGAUGCCAUCAUGCUAUUACACACUUGUUGGGCGAUCGUUCUUCCCGUUCGAUGGCCAAGGGAGACCCCUGGGUGAGGGGUGUGAGGUGCGGUUUGGUUUCUAUUCAAGCGUUAGACAUUCUGAGUGGAAGGCUAUGCUGGUGAACAUUGAUGUUUCUGCAAAAGGCUUUUACAAGGAACAAGACGUCAUAGACUUCCUAUGUGAAACUCUUGGAAGAGAUGUAACACCUCAAAGUCUUGAAGACCGUAAUUUUCGGCUUGGUAAACAUAGACUUGAGAUGGCCAUACGUGGGAUCCGUAUACAAGCUACUCAUGCAGCCUCUGUUAAGAGAAAGUACACCGUGUGGGGAGUAUCAAGUGUUUCUGCAGAAAAGCUACAAUUUGAAGUUGAGGAUGGAGUAACUGGCCGCAAAUUUAAAACAACUGUUGCAGAGUAUUUCAAGGAUACCCACAAGUUGCAUUUGAGAUAUCCUCACCUACCCUGCCUACAAGUUGGCCAGAAAAUGGACCGUUUUCUUCCGUUGGAAGUCUGUACUAUUAUUCCCUGUAAAAGAAGAUAUCUGACUGAAGAGCAGAUUGCAAACAUGAUCAGGAGUACUGCACGCCCAGCACCUGAACGACAGCGUGAUAUUCAGUAUUGGGCCCAGGAGAUGAUUAGAGUUAGUAGUAAGCACUUAAAGGAGGAGUUUAAGACUUCAGUCAGCACUGACAUGGUCAAGGUGGAUGGUCGAGUCCUUCCUGCACCUAGACUCAACCUUGGUCCUCAAGAACGGCCAUUGGUUCCGCGGGAUGGUUCAUGGGACAUGCGUAACAGGUGGCUCUACGAGGGAGCUCGCAUUCACACCUGGUCUGUAGCUUGUUUUGCACCUUCCCGUUGGUGUAAUGACGGUGAUCUGAGAAGAUUUUGUCUGCAAAUGGCGUCUGUGUCUAGUGGAAUGGGAAUGGGGAUGACAAAGGAGCCAACUGUCGUGACAUAUGCAAAAGGCCGCAGUGAUGUGGAAAGUUUGUUCUGCAAGUGGGCAGUAGAGAUCCCAGAGUUACAGCUCAUCAUGGUUGUCCUGCCAGAUAGAAGCAAGAAUCUCUAUCCUGAGAUCAAACGAGUCGGUGAUAUCGUCCUUGGAAUUCCAACCCAAUGUGUUCUGUCGAAGCAUGUGCAACAAGCGAAACCUCAACUUUGCGCCAACAUCUCCCUAAAAGUAAAUGCAAAGCUGGGUGGAAUCAAUCAUGUGAUUGAUCCGGUAGAAAAGUCAUUCGUAUUCAGAGAACCUGUCAUCAUCUUUGGGGCUGAUGUAACGCACCCCUCCCCUCCUGAAAAUGGAAUUCCUUCUAUCGCUGCUGUUGUGGCCAGCGUGGAUUCAAAUGCAACUAAAUAUUGUGCCCGAGUACGUGCGCACAGGUAUGAAAAGUUAGGAGGUGCUCAGGAAAUUAUCCACGAUCUGGCUGUUAUGGUGAAAGAGCUUCUUAUCGAGUUCUACAAGGCCAACAGGAGACUUAAGCCGUCCAAUAUCAUCUUUUAUCGUGAUGGAGUCAGCGAGGGUCAGUUUGACCAAGUACUGGUUCAUGAAGUGGGUGCUGUUCAAGAGGCCUGUAUGAUGCUGGAAAACGAUUAUCGCCCAGGAAUCACUUUUGUUGUGGUUCAGAAGCGCCACCACACAAGGCUGUUCUGUGAAGACAAACGAGAUGCCUCAGGCAAAGCUCAGAAUGUACCUCCAGGCACCAUUGUGGACAGUGGUAUAACACACCCUUAUGAGUUUGACUUCUAUCUGUGCAGCCAUUUUGGAAUCCAGGGAACAAGCCGACCCACACACUAUCACGUUUUGUACGACGAUAACGCCUUCACAGCAGACGGUCUUCAACAGCUCACUUAUCAGCUGUGUCACGUAUAUGCACGGUGCGCUCGCAGUGUUUCCAUACCAGCCCCUGCCUAUUAUGCACAUUUGGUGGCGUUCCGAGCCAAACACCAUGUGACCAAUGAAGGGAGCGGUGAUACUGUAGAUUUGGAGAAGUCUACAAAAGCCAUUCAAGUCAGCGACAGAAUGAAAGGAGCGAUGUAUUUUACGUAAAGAAUCAAGAGGAUAAUACUGUGUAUAUGAAGCUUGAAAACGGUGAUGCAUUCUGCUACAUGUAGUUAGCAUUCUCGGCGGGGAGGGGGGGAGCAUAUGGAAAGGAGCGGGUGCUCGACGUACCUUUUAGAGGUUGAAAACGCGGUUUGGGUUCCUCUUGGGGUGUUCGGCCUGAAAAGGUCCACAGUACCUUUUAGAGUAUUGAGCCAAGAAAAAGACAGGAGAUAACAUGUUGUUUUAGAAUUGGUACCUUUUAGGGGUGAACCUCUUAUGGGUUCUUUUCAAAUUUUACGACCAGCACUCCCGUCCUUUUUACUUGGAAGCCA